CCUGGGCCCAGAUCACAGCCGCCCGGGCCCCGCGGCCUUGCCCCCCCCCCCGCCAGCCCGUUGGGAUGUCUGGCGGAGCGUGCUUCCCGCUGCCCGACGCGCCACCCCCGGCCUUGGCCAUCCUCCAGGAAGCGGCAGCGCUCAACGGAGGCUGGGGAGAGUCCAGCUCAAGCUCUAACUGCUCAGAUGCCUCAGAUGAAUCGGAUAGCUCUCGGGAGGAAGAGGAGCCUCUGACGGAAGAGGUGCCAGCCAGCGGCACGAGGCUACGGCGUGGACAGGGACUCGUCCGGCAGCAGCGACAUGACGGCGAAACCGACGGCGUGGCCGAGAGCGACGGCGACGGUUCCGACUCGGCGCCCGCUGACGAGGAGGAGGAGGCUCUCACGAGGGCGCGGCGCUCUGCCAGCAGGAGCCGGCGUCCGCGUGGAUCGCAGGAGACGCGCGAGCGGACGGGCGCGAGCUCGGCGCCGGCCGACGCGGCGCACGCCUGCGGCGACUGCGCCAAGACGUUCGCCGGGCGCUCGGCUCUCGAAAGGCACCGGGGCAAGAAGCACGCGGCGUCACGCGCGAAGGCGCGCAGCCUGCAGUGCGAGGUCUGCAACAAGAAACUGGCCUCCUACAACGGGCUGUGGCGGCACCGCAAGACGCACACGGGCGCGCGGCCCUACCCGUGCGACGUGUGCGGCAAGAAGUUCUCGCGCCUCUCCAACGUGACGCGUCACAAGCGGCAGCACUCGGGCGAAGCGCCCAGCAUGCCGCUGCAGUGCGCGCAGUGCGGCAAGCGCUUCCCGUACGCGUCGGCGCUGCGCGUGCACGCCCGCACCCACACGGGCGAGAAGCCGUACAUGUGCGAGAGCUGCGGCAAGAUCUUCUCGCACACGUCGGCGCUCAACGAGCACAAGCGCACGCACACGGGCGAGAAGCCCUUCGCCUGCGAGGUGUGCGGCAAGCAGUUCUCGCGCAACUCGGUGCUGGUGCUGCACCGCAAGAUCCACGUCGGCAAGAAGGCUUUCAUGUGCGACGAGUGCGGCAAGGAGUUUCUGCUCUUCUCGCACCUGGCGCUGCACACGCGCGUGCACACCGGAGAGAAGCCCUACAAGUGCCUGGAGUGCGGCCGCGCCUUUGCGCAGUCGUCCAACCUCACCAAGCACAUGAGGACGCACACGGGCGAGAAGCCGCACAAGUGCGAGGUGUGCGGCAAGGGAUUUUCGCAGGCGCGGCACCUCUUGCGCCACGUCACCACGCACUACAGCUGAGCGCGUGGGCCCCUGAGCGCCACGUCGUAACAACACAGCUGCCGAUGAAAUAACGAUUCGUCAUCGAUUGACAUCAAGCGUUAUCUGGAUUUACUUUUUUGUGCUUUUUUACACCAAUUACACAGCGUUUGUGGUAGUGGUGGCGCGACAAAGAACGUGUCACUUGGAAGGCUCACACCGGAGGGUCUAAGGCUGGAAUACAGAUUCGAACCCAAGAUUUCAGCAUUGCCAAUGGCUCAGAAUGAGCUCCCUGAGUCACCCGAAUUAAAGUCACUUCUUAGCUGCACGGUACAUGCAUCGAAUAAUUGGUUGCAAGAAUCGGUUGUUUUCAAGCCACAUGGUUUUAUACCACUACAAGUUCCACUUGCGCCGUACGGGCAAACGAAAGAAAGGGGUUUGAGAAUCGAAUCUUGGCCACGAAGCGUCACGAUUUUCUUGAGCCAUGGCAGGUGCCGAAUCGUUACGUCUUUCCAUACAUGACUGGCAUGACGCACGGUCGCUGUGGAUGUCAAGACUGAUGUACACAACACUACGACAUUGCACUUUUUUAGGUUUGUUUAUUAAUUUUGUAACUUGCCUGGUGUCUGUAGGAUGUGUUCGCUGAUGCCCGGCGCGCGUAUUUAUGUUUAGUUAUUGCCGUGUACAUAGCGCUAACAUCCCCGCGCCAUAAUUUCUUUACAGUGGAACGCGUGGAACUCGGCAGUUUACCAGCACAGGCUUUUUUUUUUUUACGCGGUGCCUGCUCUCAUCGCGUGUAAUACAUCCCCGUUGCCACCACUGCGGGGGCCGGGUUUUGUGCGAAGAUUGGAACAGAGACCACGAAGUGGCACUUCCUAUGUCAUGCUCACUUACGAAUGAAUAAUAAAGUUUUUUUGGGUUAGAUCGCGUAAGUGUAAAUGUGUUGAAACCCUCCACCACCCGACACAGCCAAUUCGUACGGGAAUUGUCAUGUCAACUAAACGCCAAAUAUAUUUACAAUUUGAGUACGCCCGAUGAUGCUGGAUGUAAUUAGCAGCUAAAGUUGGCUGUGUUGGAUGGUGGAGGGUUUCGACACAUACUAACGCGAUCUAACCCAAAAACCUUUAUUAUGAAUAAUAUUGGCCGCGAAAGCCUCCGUGUUAAACUCACGAAUGUCCAAAGAGGUCGUCGGUGUAUAGCCUGGUGCCCACGUAGGAAGUUUAGCAGGUGACCUGGGGUGAUGACAUUUAUCCAGAUGGUAACCACUUAAGAUGACCACACCUUUAGUGACACCAAUUAUGUGUAAGUCCUACUCGCUUGAAUUCCUAACGCAAAUCACUUGCAUUGCUCACAUCAAGAUAUGGGUGUUGUUCAAGUUUAGAUUUUUCGGGUGAUAUUGCCGCCAGUAAAGAAAACAGAGUGAAGCA